AAUGUUUCCUGGGUUAGCAAGGAACAAACACUUUCGGACAUGGAGAUCAAUGAAAUUAUAAGAGACAUUUUUGGUCAGGACAUGUUUUUAGAAUUUCCAAGCACAAAUGAGAGAUCAAAGAAUCCUAGAAUUUCUGAUACUCUAACCUUGGUAGAUCAGUAUAUUGAAGCUACAGUCUCCAAAAAUAUGCCCAACCAACUUGAACAGGAUGAGAGAGUUGGUCGAUUAGGUCCAAAGUUGGUUAGAUUUGGUACAUCAAUACUUACUGGGCUUUGUAUAAUUUCACCCGAUAGACUUAGUAUCAAUUCAAAAAGUAACUUCAGUACAUUGAAAGCAAACACAGCAGUUUAUAAAGGAAAGUGGUUGUAUGAAUUACAGCUUGGAUCCCAGGGAGUUAUGCAAGUUGGUUGGAGCACUGUUAAUUGUCAAUUCAAUAAAGAAUCUGGUGUUGUAAUUAUGUGUUUUUCAGGGGAUACCAUUAACUCGUAUGCUUAUGAUGGAAACCGUGUCAAGAAAUGGAAUGUGGCUACUUACAAAUAUGGAGAAUCAUGGCUUACAGGGGAUAUUAUUGGAUGUGCAUUAGAUAUGGAUGAUGGAACUAUCGAUUUCUAUAGAAAUGGAAAAAGUUUGGGAACAGCAUUUGAUAACAUUUCAAUGGGUGCUGGCUUUGCUUACUUUCCAACAGUGAGCCUCGCAUUAAGGGAGAGUUUAACAGCAAAUUUCGGUUCCACGCCGAUGCGGUAUCCUGUGGCAGGAUAUGAACCGCUACAAGCAGCUCCGAAAAAACAAAUAGCCGAAGCUACGUAUUUAUUUAAGUGGUUUCUGAGAAUAAUAGAACUGAUAAACACAGAACAAAACUUGGAGAAACAGCGUAUAUUGCGUGACGAAAAUAUGAGCGUUUCGAUCUUUUUAACGUGUCUUUCGAGAUCUGUUUUAAAACACAUAGGGCCUUUAAUUACCAUACCAUAUAUUACAGAAUAUAUAAUGGUCCCAUUUUUGCAACAACUCUCUGAAUCCAGAAUAGAUUCUGCGCAAGAUUCUGUGCAUCAAUCUAUGUUAUUAACGUGUUUAGACUUGUUAUGGACAUUUCUUGAAGAACAUGAAAUGAAAGCAUUCUUAGAAAGUACUGUUCUUUAUUUACUCUCCAUAUUCAAACACGUUUCUUUAUCAUUGGAAUAUCCCGACCAACGUAAAAGUUUACUUCUGCUGAUAAAGAUUUGUCAGCAUACGUCGACUCGUCAAUAUUUACUGCAACAUUUGCUUUUUAAUCGGGUAAGAUUUGCAGAUUUCAUGGACAUCAAGCCACUGGAUCAAGGAGGUCUGACUGAAGUAGUCGAGAAAGUGUGGUGGGAAAAAAAUCCCGAGGAUUCGACGAGUUAUUUAGAUGCGUGUGAAAAAAUUAAAGCUGCAAUAUCCGAAAUAGAAACCGUACAAAUGGAGUUACUUGUAACAUUUCUCGACAAUUCUGAUGGUAAUGAAAAAAGACCAACUUCGAGAACGAUAUUUCUUAGGAAAUUUAAACGUUUCACCCCGCUGCCGAUCACGUUAUCUUGUUUUCAUCGGCUGUUAUUUGCAUUCAAAACGUUAUGGGACACUGAAGUAGGGACGUCUUCUGUUUACAUUCCUUGCAGGGCGUUCUACGAUGCAUCGAUCAAUUACUCUAGAAAUGAGAGACUAGGAGGCGUUUUAUCACACUUAAAUAAAACAUUCAGAAGCGAAUUGAUAGAGCAAUUAGGAUCCGAUCAUGAGGUGAUCGUAGCACUGGAUCAGUUUCAAGAUUCCUCGGUGCAUACCAGAACGACCAGAAGACUCGACUGGCCUAUAGUCGUUCCGACAUUUGAACAGGUCCUUAAUAUCGGCUCGACUGGUCAAGGAAACUCGGUGCUCUUUGAGAGGCUCGGAUACUUUCCAUAUGGGAGAGAAGAUAGAAGCCCGUUGCGAUUGGGCCCGUUGGACCCGAGUGCAUCUUUGCUCGAAUUGCUUGACAGCAUUAUUUUGUUUUUUCAUACAGUAGCGAAGAAACAUUUGGCAAAUGUGGCAAUUCUCAGAAACAGAAUGUCCGAAUACGUUACUGCUCUAGAAAACACAAAGACACGAUUGGAACAGAUCCAGGAAAACAAAGAUCUCGAGUCCCGAUCGAUCGAGGAAGAACUGUUGAGAACAAUAAACGUGUUCAACAUAAAAUUGACAGAGCAAGCAAGAUACAUGGCAUGGGUUCGCGCUGUCGUUUAUUCGAAAGAGAAGCAGUUGGAAUUGUCGUGGCUUUUACGGGUGAUCACACUGACCUUGAAAAAUGCCAGCAAAGAAAGAAACUUGUUCAGCUUUGUGCCUGAAUUUUACUUGGAAGCACUAUCUGAUGUGUGUAUCAGCUUACGGAGCCACAUACAUCCAACAGUGCGCAUCGAAACUAUCUCGGGCUAUCAGGAGAUGCUUCAAGACAUAGCUGAGUUUCUUUGUGAGCAUUUCAUGGAUUCCCGCAUAGUGACCGCCAAUUCAAAAAGCAUACUACUUUUAACUCUAGCCGGUUUUGUGUUCAAUCCGCUUACUUUGGAAGCAUUAGAAAAUAUACAUCAAGAGAGUAGAAUAAAGGUUGUUACGAACCUCCUAAAAUCGUACGAAGAUAGAGCAUGGGCUGAAUCGAAUUGGAUUUUGGUCAGAUUCUGGCAAGGCAACGGUUUUGCCUUUCGCUAUACAAAGAGCCCGCAUCUCUCGAAAAGAAUUGGCCCGAAACUACUUCAACAAGAAUCAUUCUCACAACCUAUAAAACCCCGUCCGUCCGCCGUGUACCAAAAUCAUGUAAAAGAUGUGCUACUGAAAAAUGUUCAAGACUCUACCAAGUUCUUAAAUUCGUUAUUAAAUCAAUUGAACUGGGCAUUCUCCGAGUUCAUCGGGAUGGUGCAAGAGAUUCACAAUGUUUGGUCAAGACCCGAGAGAGUGUUCAUCGAGUCGAGGCAACUGAAAAUUUGUGCCACAUGCUUCGACUUAGCGGUAUCCUUAUUAAGAGUUUUAGAGAUGAUCAUUACAGUGGCUCCAAGUAUUUUUAAAGAUACGACACAAUCUUCCAGUGAGAAUUUGUUGUCUAGACUAUGUCAGCUGAUCUGUCAAGUGUUGAAUAGAAUGAGUUCACGAACUAGUUGUUUCCAGCAUGUUGUUUUGCUGGAAAUCCCAGAUUUGGAAACAGUGGAUCAUUUUCCAAUAUUGGUAGCAGUAACUGGCAUACUUUUGGCCCUGGUCAAUGAGGACAUGGCCAAUUUUAAAUCAAAAAAGGUAAAGGAGGUACCGAAGGUUACACAAACCUUAUUAACGGAACCUAGUUUUCAAAUGAGUUCCAUAUAUUUGGUGCUGGGUGAAGCGAAGCCUAAAAGCAAAAAGGAGCAAAGCUCAAAACCGUUCUCGAUUGCAAACUAUCCAGACGACGUAACGGAAGAGGAAGUAAAAAGGGUAAAAGAUAUGAUUGCAUAUUUAGACGAAUGUCGAACUAUUUUGCCCGAUUCAAAAAUGUUAAGCGACGACGAUAACGCUUGCACGAUUUGUUACGCGUAUCCUGUGGCAGUUACAUUUGAGCCUUGUCGUCAUCAGACGUGCCGUACGUGUAUCGAUCGACAUCUAUUGGACGCGACGGAAUGCUUUUUCUGUAAGGCAACCAUCGACAGAGUCAUAGAUCUUUCCGGUAACGUAUUGCACGACUUUACUCAUGAAAAUUCGGACGAAGCCGUGAAGAUAUCUUGA